AUAUCAUUUUACAUACUGGUAACUGAUCUCAUUUCCCUCAUGCAGAUUGGCGUAGAUACCAUUCCAGUGCUUGUUGGCCCUGUUACAUACUUGUUGCUCUCAAAGCCUGCCAAGGGUGUUGAGAAAGCUUUCCCUAUUCUAUCUCUUCUUGACAAAAUUCUUCCUAUCUACAAGGAAGUUAUUUCUGAGUUGAAGGCAGCUGGUGCUUCAUGGAUUCAAUUUGAUGAGCCCACUCUAGUGAUGGAUCUUGAAUCUCACCAAUUCGAAGCCUUCACUAAGGCCUAUGCUGAACUUGAGUCAACUCUAUCUGGACUUGAAGUUCUCGUUGAGACUUACUUUGCUGAUAUCCCUGGGGAUGCAUUUAAAACCCUUACCUCUCUGAAGGGAGUUACUGCCUUUGGUUUUGACUUGGUACGUGGCACCAAGACUUUGGAUUUGAUAAAAAGUGGAUAUCCUUCCGGAAAAUACCUAUUUGCAGGAGUGGUUGAUGGAAGGAACAUUUGGGCUAACGAUCUGGAUGCAUCUCUCAUCACCCUGAAGUCUCUAGAAGGCAUUGUGGGGACGGACAAGCUUGUUGUCUCCACCUCCUGCUCGCUACUCCACACUGCUGUUGAUCUUGUAAAUGAACCUAAGCUGGACACAGAAAUUAAAUCAUGGCUUGCUUUUGCUGCCCAAAAAGUUGUUGAAGUAAAUGCUUUGGCAAAGGCAUUGACGGGUCAGAAAGACGAGGCAUUCUUCUCUGCCAAUGCUGCAGCUCAGGCUUCCAGGAAAUGCUCUCCAAGGGUGACUAAUGAAGCUGUCCAGAAGGCUGCUGCUGCUUUGAAAGGUUCUGACCACCGUCGCGCCACUGAUGUCAGCACUAGACUUGAUGCACAGCAAAAGAAGCUUAACCUUCCAAUCCUUCCAACCACGACCAUUGGGUCCUUCCCUCAGACCAUUGAACUUAGACGAGUUCGCCGUGAAUACAAGGCCAAGAAAGUCUCUGAGGAAGAGUAUGUGAAGUCCAUCAAAGAGGAAAUAAAAAAAGUUGUUGAGCUUCAGGAAGAGCUUGACAUUGACGUUUUGGUUCAUGGAGAGCCAGAGAGGAAUGAUAUGGUUGAGUACUUUGGAGAGCAAUUAUCUGGUUUUGCAUUCACAGCUAAUGGGUGGGUGCAAUCUUAUGGAUCUCGUUGCGUGAAGCCACCAAUCAUCUACGGUGAUGUAAGUCGCCCCAAGCCAAUGACUGUCUUCUGGUCCACAGCUGCCCAGAGCAUGACCAAGCGCCCAAUGAAGGGGAUGCUUACUGGCCCUGUUACCAUCCUCAACUGGUCUUUUGUCCGAAAUGACCAACCAAGAUUCGAAACUUGCUAUCAGAUUGCUUUGGCCAUUAAGGACGAAGUGGAGGAUCUUGAGAAGGCUGGCAUUACUGUUAUCCAAAUUGAUGAGGCCGCAUUGAGAGAGGGAUUGCCUCUUAGGAAAGCUGAGCAUGCGUUCUACUUGGAUUGGGCUGUACACUCUUUCAGAAUCACCAAUGUUGGCGUCCAGGAUACCACCCAGAUCCACACGCAUAUGUGCUAUUCCAACUUCAAUGAUAUCAUCCAGUCUAUCAUUGACAUGGAUGCUGAUGUCAUCACCAUUGAGAACUCCCGUUCUGACGAGAAGCUCCUUUCUGUUUUCCGCGAGGGAGUGAAGUACGGUGCAGGAAUUGGGCCUGGUGUUUAUGACAUCCACUCCCCCAGGAUACCAUCAACAGAAGAGAUUGCCGAUAGAAUUAACAAGAUGCUUGCAGUGCUUGAAACCAACAUCUUGUGGGUCAACCCUGACUGUGGUCUCAAGACUCGCAAGUACGCUGAAGUGAAGCCAGCCCUUCAAAACAUGGUUGCUGCUUGCAAGCUUCUCAGAACCCAGCUUGCCAGUUCCAAGUGAGUUAUUAUAGGCACAUGACGUCUGAAAUCAUCCGAUUCACUAUACCUUAAAUGAUAGUUUUUUUACAGUUAAAUAAACGCUUUUCAUAAUGAAAAUGAUUGAACAGGCGUAGUCUGCCCUGCCCGGUGGGCAUUUUGUUAUCUUGUUUUUUGAGUUUCCUUUUUACAAUUAUGAAAGUAUUCUGUAGUAUGAGGAGUAAUGCCUUUGGUAUGUUUUAGAGGUCACAUACCUGAUGAACGUGCCUCUGCGAGUGGACUGAAAUGCUAUUUUCAGAUUGCGAAUAUUAGAUAUUAGUUAUUGAAUUUUGCCUAUAAUACUCGUUUUUAUCAUUUCCACAUAA